UUCAGUGAUUUGAAGGAAUUGGAUUUAUCUGAUAACUCAAUUGUCCUGAAGAUGAGCCAAAGUUGGAUUCCCUCUUUCCAACUUGAUGUUAUAGCCCUACGAUCUUGUGAACUAGGGCAUCUCUUCCCGAGUUGGCUAAGGACCCAGAAAACAUUCUCCUUCAUUGAUAUCUCUCGUUCUGGGAUUUCAGACAAGGUACCUGACUGGUUUUGGGACCUCUCUCCUGCAAUGAAGCACAUGGAUCUUUCUUCGAACCAACUUAGAGGUGAAGUGCCAGAUUUGUCAAGAUUAAGUCUUUCGGAAGUAGACUUGAGUGGCAACAAUUUCCAAGGUCCUGUGCCACAUUUUUCCUCAAUGAUGAAAGUUUUUAUUCUAACAAGUAAUUCUUUCAGUGGCACUGUUUCCCCUGUAUGUGAAUCGCUGGUUUAUAAUAAUUCUCUAAGGCUCCUAUAUUUAUCAUCAAACAAUCUAUCAGGACCACUCCCUGACUGCUGGGUAAAUGGGACAGAGCUGAUUGUCUUGAACUUGGGUAGUAACUUCCUCUUUGGAGAAAUACCUCAAUCACUUGGAAAUCUGCAGAAUCUCAAGAUCUUAAGACUGCAAAAAAACAAUUUCUUUGGAGAGCUGCCUUCAUCAUUGCAGAACUUGAGAAGAGAAACCAGUUUAGUGGAGCCAUCCCUCCUCAACUUUGCAGACUCGAGUACCUAAUGGUUUUGGACCUUAGUAGCAAUGCAUUGACAGGAACAAUUCCAAGGUGUGUCAAUAAUUUUGUCAUUAUGGCUGGGGUUGAAGGCGUCCCCCCCUUCUUUUUUGAUCGAUAUACACCAUAUGAGAAGGAUGUAAUAAUUAAAAUUUUUUGUGAAUAUUACAAGUAUGAAUCUACACUCGCCUUCUUUUCAAUGAUUGAUCUAGCUGGGAACUUUCUUUCAGGUGAGAUUCCAGGGGAACUUGCCAGUCUUGUUCAGUUGAGAGCAUUGAAUUUGUCGGAAAACAAUCUAACAGGACCUAUUCCUCCCGGCAUCAGUGACCUGAGCAUUUUGGAAGUUCUUGAUUUGUCCAGGAAUAACCUUUCUUGCUCCAUUCCACCAAGCAUGGCAGAUCAUUUAUCCCACCUUGCAAUUCUCAACCUCUCCUACAACCAUUUGUCGGGAGAAAUUCCCAAAGGCCAACAAUUUGAUACAUUUGAUAACUCUUCCUACAUAGGAAAUAGAUACUUGUGCGGCCCACCUCUUACAACAGAAUGCUCCACACCUUUACCUGAAGACCCUCACUGCAUGAAUCAUAAUGAUCCCAAAAUCCAACAUCACGCAAGUGAUUGGCUAGAUGGAGCAGCCUCGUUCUUCAUUAGCAUGGGGGCUGGAUUCAUCCCAGGAUUCUGGGCAUUCUGGGGAAGUCUGCUGCUGUCCAAAUCCUGGAGAUAUGCCUAUUUCCGCUUUCUGGAUAACACAGCCGACAAGAUUUAUGUGUUCAUUGCCAUUAAGCUGGGAAACUGGAAGGAGAGGAAGCAGACAAAUGCUGAGUAAAUGAACAUCACAGCUGGUGAAUUCUCUAAUGAUUCACAGUCAAGUUUCUUGGCAAGCAGUUCAAGCUGAUGAACCAGGGCACAUCUAUUAUCUAUAUAAACAAUUCUCCUCUACUUAUGUGUGUUUAAUGUAAAAGAUCGAAUAAUGUUGAUUUAAUGCAUCAAUUGGAUUGCUACA